UUUAUUUAGUUUUGUCUUAAGUUAGCACUCUCUUGUGCUGCAGAUGCUAUAGUGUUGGUACGGAGUGAUGAGUAAUCGCGUGUUCGAACCAUAACAUUGCUGUACAAGUCUGCUCCUAGGCAUCGCUGCUGUGUAGGGAGCAUGCAUCGCGACUCAUCAUCCCUAGGCGAAGGCCGUGAAUUUCUGAGGCCGCCCUAAUCUCGCACGCCAGAGGUUCAAUAGUGACGGCAAAAAGAACAGGCGAGAGGGGACACCCCUGAUGCAUACUUCUCUGUAGUGGGAACAAAGGGGAGACAAAAACAUUGACUGGUACCCUGGCCCUUCGAGCAGAGUACAGUAGUUUGAUCCUCCGAAUAAACCGGGACCUAUACCGAAGAACUUCAUGACCUCCCACUGGAAUGCCCACUCCACAGAAUCAAAGGCUUUUGCAGCGUCCAAUGAGACUAUGACUGAAGUGGAAGCAUCUCCGCGAGAGGCGUGGAGCUGGAAAACAUCCUUCUAAGCCCAGCUAUGGAGCUACGUGCCAUGUUUCAUAUACAUGAAAAAGAGGCGCAGGAAGAACUAUUGCAGCAAGAUUCAAAUCCAAACCAAAAACAUAGAGAACGCAUUUUUAGACCAAGAAUAUCUCUUUUUGGAUUAAAUGAGGAGGAAGUUAGAUCUAGGUAUCGCUUUAGCACUGAAGUUAUACUGGAGUUAUAUGAACAGAUUCAGCAAGAUAUAGAGCCAAAUUGUGAACGAAAUCAUGCUGUACCAGGAAUGGUAAAGUUACUAAGUGCUCUACAUUACUUUUCCUCUGCGUCUUUUCAGGGUACAGUGUCAGCUCUGUCUGGCAUAUCUCAGCCCAGUUUCAGCAGGCACCUGACACAGGUUCUAAAGGCCAUAAAUAAAUUAACUCCACAGUAUAUUGUUUUCCCAUCAGAUAAAGCUGCAAUACAAACAAUUAAAGAUGACUUUUAUCAAAUCUCAUCUUUUCCUAAUAUAAUGGGGGUAAUUGACUGUACUCAUGUUGCUCUAUCACCCCCGACAGAAGAUAUUUACAGAAACAGUAAAAAUUUCCACUCAUUAAAUGUCCAAAUGGUAUGUGGCUCCGAUAUGAGGAUUCUCAACUUGGUUGCUGGGUAUCCUGGCUCCACUCAUGACUCCUAUAUCCUAAAACAUUCAAGUCUGCAUACAAUUCUGACUUCUGGAAAUAUUCCAAAGGGUUGGAUAUUGGGCGAUGAUGCUUAUCCUUUAACAGAGUGGCUAUUGACACCAAUCAAAGAUCCCAAAACUAAGGCAGAAAAGUUAUAUAAUGCUGCACACAAGAAGGCUCAUUCAGUCAUUGAUCAAACCUUUGGAUCAUUAAAAAGUCGUUUCCGAUGUCUCGAUCGGUCAGGAGGUGUAUUGCAGUAUUCACCAGAAAAAGGAGCACAGAUUAUUCUAGCUUGCUGCAUUCUGCAUAAUUUGGCUGUCAGUCGAAACUUGGAUAUUGACAUUCUUGCUGAUCUGGAAGCACCGCCACCUGUACCACCAGUUUCAAAAGAUGAGAACACACAAGCUGGAAAGCAGACUAGAAUGAAAGUGAUUAGCAGAUACUUCACAUGAGAUAUGUCUGCAGUAAUCAAAGCUGUUCCCUCAAUGUUGGCUGUCUGCACUCUGCAACUAUAUGGACUUAUAAUGCUACGUGUUUUGACCUUAUCCCCCCAUAGAUCUAUAUAUCUAACUAUGUACUAUUUUAGAUUUAUAGUAAUUGGCAGUAUCACAUACUUGGUCUGCUUACAUUACAUCUACCAGACAGAACACUAUUUUGUAAUGCACAAGCUUGUUCAAAGCUUUAGUUACUAAGACAAAUUAUUAGUUUAAACAAAUAAUUUUAUCACUCCCAAGUCCUUUUUUGUAGUGUUUUUUUUUUUUUUUACUUUAUUCAGUAUUUAUACAACUCAUAAUAGUCAGAGCAUGUCUUCCUUAAGAUCGUCUGAGGAGUUUGCUUGUUCUCAUGUAUAUUUUUAAGUUUUGCUACAGUACAUUUGAAUUCAAACCUUUUGAAAAUGUAUAUAAAAUUGACACGGAUUUGUUAAAGAGAAAUGUAUGAGCCAUUAAGCUUUUAACCCUCCGUUGGGCGCACCUCUGGGACUCCUGGGUUCGGGCGCAGUGCGCCUGACAGGCGCCUGUUUGAAAAUCAUCAUUAGCACCUAAUUAACUAAAUUCUAACGCUCUUAAAGUGAUCAGUGACCUUCAUUAGGACGUACAAAGAGAGCAUAUCGAAAUCUGAUUAAAAAACCUAAUUUAUUAACCUCAAAGUAAGUAAAACACAAAACACUGAAAUUUAAGACCCGCCACCACAUUGCAUUCAGUUUUCAUGAUAAAAAAAUCAAAUGAACAUUAAAAUUACGAACAAAACUCGAAAUAUAGGCACAGAAGAGUCAGUCUCACUCGGAAUCAAAGUUCAGCACUAGAGAUGCUUUGGCACAGUGAAGGGCAAGGUUGGCAGACCAUAUUUGCAUGGGGCAGGCAGAUCGCUUUGUGACAUUUAUGGCAUUCAUAAUUCGACAUCCUUCUGUGAUACAUUUCUGCAGUACAGGUGAUGCAUCUACAUCUUUUUUGGAGGUGGGAGUGGGGGGGGAUUUCUCUCGAUCAUCGAUGGGGCGAAAUCUUUUCAUGCGGGUUUGCAGGCUGAAGGGGAUUCCAGACGUCUUCAAACUUCUUCUAGGUCCUUGAUAAUGUCAAUGUACUGGUUUGUGUACCUAACAAUUGUGUCAAGGAUUUCGUCAGUGAAUAAAUUAUUCCAACAUUCGAUUGCAGUUUGAGCAUUCUUAGCAUUUCCUCUGACUCCAGGAAGGUGAGUGAUAAUGUUGUGAGUUCCCAUACGACGAACUUUCCCAGGCGGUCUUUUGGACCUCUUGGUCUUCUUAUCUCUUCCCAAAAAAAAGGUGUCAUCUGUUUCUUCUUCAUCAGUAUCAUCACUAGACUCCUCACAAUCUUGCUCCGUUCCUGAAUCACCUUCACGUUCCUCCACCUCAUCUUGAGAAUCAGUGUCACUCUCUUCCCCCAUAUCCUCAGUGACUGAUGGUUCUCCCUUGUCGUCAUUCUGCAGCAAAUCUCUUAUUUCGUCAAGGUGACUCUGGUUAGUCAAAUUGUAGGUUUUACAGGCCAUUUCAGCAGAAAAUCUGAAGCAAAAAAGAAAAAACACGAACAUGAGUACGAGGUUGGGCGCAGUGUGCCUGAGAGGCCACCCUGGACAAACCUACAUAUUUCCACAAAAUAUCCACAACCUUUGUAAUUUUCAUUCAUAAAAUGAUCAAAAUAAACAAUUAAUAGAUGAAAAUAUUAAUAGAUGAAAAUAAAAGUAAAUACGAACCUUCAAAAGUCGGGCGCAAUGGGCCUUAGAGGUCAGGAGGGUCACUACAGCACUCCACGCAGGCGGCGGGAAAACUGACUAGGGGGGUUUCGAACAGCACCUAGAGAUAGGAAGGUACUAGGAGGGACAGGCCCCUGCUCCCCCUUGGGGCGGAGAGGGGAGCGAGAACAGCUUUGCGGCGCCUGUCAGGCCAGCUGUGCUCGACUGAGGGUUAAAAGUUAUUGCUCUAUGGUCCAUAUUGCAUUAUCUAAGUUAUAUUGUGUAGCUAAAUAUAUGUUAAUAUUCAGUUUA